UAUUGCCCCGUCGCGUCGCGCCUCGCCCUUUCAAGUUUCCCCGUACACCCAGGGACACAGGGAGGCCGAAGCGGAGCAGAGCGUCCCGUUCGAGGAAGCUUCGGGAAUGGCGGUGUUGCUGCGCCCGGCGGCGAUCGCCAGCGGCCGGCAGGUGUGGCCGGUGGCGGAGGCGGAGGAGGAGGCGGCGCGCGAGGAGGAGGCGGCGUCGCAGCGGCUGGUGGAGGCGGUGGCGCGCGGCGACGCGAGGGAGGCCGGCGAGCUGCUCGCGGCGGGGCGCGCGGACGUGAACUACGCCGGGGUGGUGUGGCUCAAUGCGCGGCGCGUCGCGGAAUCGGAGCCCAGGGAGGGCGCCGCCGCCGAGCUGCGGGCCGUGCACGAGGAGAUCCGCGCCGACGUCUCGCCGCUCUUCCUCGCUGCCGGCAACGGGGACGUCGCCCUCGUCCGCUCCCUGCUCGCGAAGGGGGCGGACGUGAACGGGAAGGUGUUCCGGGGUUACCCGGCGACGGCCGCGGCGCGGGAGGGGCGCGCGGAGGUGGCGGAGCUGCUGGUGCGCGCGGGCGCGUCGCAGCCGGCCUGCGAGGAGGCCGUCGUGGAGGCGGCGCUACAGGGCCAGGCCGCCCUGGCGGCCAUCUUCAUGAACUCCGACCUCGUCCGCCCGCGCGUCGCCGUCCAUGCGCUCGUGUCCGCCGCCGCCCGGGGCUUCGUCGACGUGGUGGACACGUUGAUCAAGUGUGGAGCUGAUCCCAACGCCACCGCCCGGGUGCUCCUGCGCUCCCUGAAGCCAUCCCUGCAUGCCAAUGUCGACUGCACGGCGAUCUUCGCAGCAAUCGUGAGUCGGCAGGUUGCCGUGGUCCGUCAUCUGCUUCAGGCCGGCGUGAAGAGGGACACGAAGGUGAGGCUGGGAGCGUGGUCCUGGGACACGGCCACCGGUGAGGAGCUGCGCGUCGGCGCCGGCCUCGCUGAGCCCUACGACGCGGUCUGGUGCGCCGUGGAGUACUACGAGUCCACCGGCUCCAUCCUCCGCAUGCUCCUCCAGAGCGGGUACACGGCGAGUGCCACGCACCUUGGCCGGACGCUCCUCCACCACGCCAUCCUCUGCGGCAGCGCCGGCGCCGUCCAGACCUUGCUGGCGUCUGGUGCGGACCAUGAAGCUCCCGUGAAGACGUCCAGGAGCGCGAGGUCCAGGCCGGUGCACAUGGCCGCGCGCCUCGGCCAGCCGGAUAUCCUGAAGAUGUUGGUUGACAGGGGUUGCGACGUGAACGUGAGGGCGGAGGCUGGCGAUACCGCUGCCAUCUUCUGUUCGCGCCACAAGCGCGAGGAUUGUCUCCGAGUUCUCGUGUCCGCCGGGGCAGACGUCGCGCUGCUGAACUCGGCCGGCAUGUCCGCGGCUUCAGUUGCUUCUUCCGUGGGAUGGAAGACCGGCUUCGAAUGUGGUGUUCUUGGUGUGAUUCGGUCCGGGACAAUCCCACGGUCGAGCGACCGGAACGUGUUCUCGCCGCUGAUGUUCGCAGCGCGGUGCGGUGACGCGGGUGCCAUGGAAGUGCUGCUUGCUCAGCCGGACGUGGAUGUAGACGAGCAUGACGUGGACGGGUGCUCGCCCAUAAUGGCUGCCGCCAAGGUGGGCAACGUUGACGCCUUCCGUGCCCUCGUAUUUGCCGGCGCCAACGUGAAGCUGAGCAACAAGCGUGGCGAGACGGCCAUUGGUCUCGCGCAGCAGAGCACGAAGAGGGAUCUCUUCGAGCAGGUCAUGCUCGAGUUCGCGCUGGAGAAGGGCAUGCCCGGGGGCUUCUACGCGAUGCACUGCGCUUCCCGGCACGGGGACACCGCGGCGGUGCGCCAUCUGGCGAGCACGGGCUGCGACGUCAACAUCCCCGACGGCGACGGCUACACCCCGCUCAUGCUUGCGGCCAGGGAAGGCCACGCGGGCGUCUGCGAGCUCCUGAUAUCCUACGGCGCGCGGUGCGACAUCCAGACGCCGCACGGCGAGACGGCGCUCUCCCUGGCGAGGGCGGCGCUGGCAACCGCGUCGUUCAACAAGGCCGAGGACGUGAUCAUGGAUGAGCUGGGCCGGCAGGCCGUCCUCCAGGGUGCGCACGUCAAGAAGCACACCAAGGGCGGGCGCGGGAGGCCGCACGGGAAGUCGCUUUGCAUGGUCGCCGCGGCGGGCGUGCUCCGUUGGGGCGGUUCGAACCGGCGCAACGUGAUCUGCCGGGAGGCCGAGGUCGGCGGCAGCUCGGCGUUCCAGAGGCACCGGCAGAGGAAGGGCGACGCGUACGAGCCCGGGCUGUUCCGCGUGGUGACGGCGACGGGGAGGGAGGUGCACUUCGUGUGCCAGGGCGGCGAGGAGGCGGCGGAGCUGUGGGUGAAGGGCAUCAGGGCGGUGACCAGGGCGGCGUUCGGCAAGAGAGGCAAAGAGUGACGCGUGGUUUUGCUCUCUCCGUUAGGCUCUGUAGUUUGCAGCAAGCGUGUGCGUGUAAAGAGUAGCGGGCGUACGUAGAGAGGGUGGUGACGCGUGCGGUUUGGUGUGCAGCCGUGCCGGUCUUCAGUUCGAAGGCUUGGCUGCUGGGUUUGGCUUUGCCAUGAAGCUUUUUGGUUCAGGGGCAUGGAGAUUGUAUAGCCUGGGUGUUCUCUUGGCUAAGUUGCUUUAGCUGACUGGCUUGUUGUGGGUUUCCAUCAGAAUCAUCAGUAUCUUUGAGAAACUUCGCCGUUUUUGCUGUUCCAA